AUGUCAUCGUCUUCAAAUAGUAAUGUUGCGCAACUCCAACAAAUGGGGCAAGUGGCUGGAACUGGACCAGAUGAGGUCUUUCAGCAUGGAACUAUUGGGAAAUUCAUCAGAAUGGAGUUGGAAGGUGGCUUCUCCUCAUUCGUCCGAUGCAUCUACGAAGCGAAACGAACCAACAACAAUACAGUAACUCUGGUUUGUGAACGAGAUCAAGAGUGCUGUGAACAUGGAUGUUGUCCAAAAGAUCAGCAUUGGAUGGCUGGAGUUUACGUUCUUUUGGCUUUCGUGCUUCUCGUUUUCGUUGUUGGAACUUGCUUGAUGAUUUGCUGUUAUCAGAGAUCCAAGAACCGUCAACGAAAGGAAGAGUUGGAAGCUGCUGAAUACAGAAACGCGGGAUACGCUCCGUCUCAGGUCGGAGGAGGUGCCUACUCAUCGUAUGGUGGCCCAACCUAUUAG